UCAUAUUCACUUCUCUCUCUCUCACGCAAAGCUCCCUCGCCCGCUCUCAAGGGUUUCUAGGGUUUCUUCUCCCGAUCGGGAUCUACUAGGGUUUCGCCUUGCGGAAUCGUGGAGCCAUGGCGGAGGAUGCGCCGGCGACGCGGUACGUGAAGCUCAGCAAGGUCCAGGACGCGCCCGCGGAGGAGAUCCGCCCCGGCGAGCUCAAUCAACCCGUCCGCGUCCCUCAGCUGGAGGUGAAGAGGUGCGGUGAGUGUGGGCAGCCGCUGCCGGAGAGAUACGCGCCGCCGGCGGACGAGCCGUGGACGACCGGAAUCUUCGGGUGCUUCGAGGACACUGAGAGUUGUUGGACUGGACUGUUUUGCCCUUGUGUGUUGUUUGGGCGCAAUGUCGAGCGAAUCAGAGCGAAUAUUCCCUGGACGAAGCCUUGUAUUUGUCAUGCUAUCUUUGUCGAAGGUGGCAUUGCACUUGCGAUAGCUACAGCGGCAUUUCAUGGCAUCGAUCCAAGAACUUCAUUUCUAAUUGGAGAAGGUUUGUUUUUUGCCUGGUGGAUGUGUGGUAUCUACACUGGUAUUUCCCGGCAAUCUCUGCAGAAGAAAUAUCAUCUAAAGAACUCUCCCUGUGAUCCAUGCAUGGUCCAUUGCUGCAUGCAUUGGUGCGCCAUCUGCCAAGAGCAUCGCGAGAUGAAGGGGCGCCUCUCCGACAGCGCUGCGACGCCGAUGACGGUCGUGAACCCGCCUCCCCUGCAGGAGAUGAACGCGAACGAGAGCCGCAGUUCGGCCCCCGCUGAGACCGCAGACCAGAGGAACAGCCACCACCAUGCCAACUUGGAGAUGCAAGCUUUGUAGAAUGUAUAGGUUUACGAUGAUGAUACACCUAAAUAGGAAAGUGAAGCAUAGAAAAGCACUGUGGAGAAACACGCAUGAUACUUUACUCUUACCAUGUUAAAGCCCUUAUUCCUUUCAUAUGGUCUAGUUUCGAAUUUCGAUGUCAGAAUCAGUUAUCUACUGAUAAUUGAUGCGCUAUAGAAAUUUUCUUGUAAGAUUGUAAGCGCCGAACUCGAUUUGAGCUCUUUGGAAGGUCUUGGCAAUCUUGGCAAUGAUGAUUUUAUAGAAUAGUA